CAAACGAUCGUUGAAUUCAAUUUGUAUUUGGCCGCGCCACAAUAAGUUUACGUUUUGCCGCCGUCGUGCUGUGCUCUUGUCGCGCGUACAGAGAACAAACAAAAAAUAGAAGUUUAAACGCUAAAAGGAAAAAGAUAAUAAAUCUCAAUUGAAGUUGUCAAAUUGAAUUAGAAAAAAAUCAAACAAAAUGCUAAUAAAAAUUGUGCAAUGGAAAACAAAUUGUUGACAAAUGCAUUAGUGGAAAAAAGAUUAUUGAAAACAUUGUGAUUCCGCGGCGUCGUUGUUGUCCUUGAGUGGCCUGUGUGCGGAAUGAGAAUGCCAUUAAAAUGAAAAAAGAAUGCGUUGAAAGAACAAAAAAGAUCCCACGAAUAAAGAUUGCUUGCCAGCGUACCUGAGUGAUAGCCAAAGUUUUAUACCCGAAAACAUUUAUCUAUAUUCGCCAAGGAUACACAUUCCUAUAGAUCUUGUAUAGCGAUUUUUUAAUAAUAUUUCUGUGCGCUGAGGUGUGGCAAAAGAAAGGCCACACUUGUUCACAAUUUUGAGCUGCCUCUUGGCAAUUUCUACAAAGGAUUACGCAUACACAUUGAAAUAACAAAAGCCUGUUUAUGGUGCAUUUUGUUGUGAAUAACAAUACUUACUUAGCAAUACCAUUUGCUAAUACAGAAAGCCAUCCCAAAUUUAAUUUUAAUGUUUACAAGUCUGUUUAAGCUCUGUGAGCAUUCAUUCAUGUACAUAUUGCAUAUUCCCUGCCGGAAACUGUAUUGAAGAUUUGUGAUUAAAUUGCUGUGAACUAUUAGCGGGUCUUGCCGUUAAUUAUCCAUAUUCAGGAUGGAAACUAUAGACGAGCACUCGUCCAAGUAUGAAAUGUCAAUUUCAUCAUCUCCAUCGCCAGAAAAUCUACGCAUUUGCCUUGUCGGCGAUGUAAUACAAAAUGAUGCUGCCGUCGAAGCUGCGCACACAUUCGGUGUGCCGGUCAUAACAUCGGAAACUGGUCUGGAACUUAUUAACGAUUGUGACUGGCGUACCUAUUUCGUGUUGAAUGAUUUCGAGGGUCCUGUGUAUGAGGCAAUACACAAAAGUAAACAAUGUAUUUUGGGUCCUCCAGCUUUACGUCAGGCAGCCGAAAUGAAAGAUGGUCUUACACACAAUGCACGUCCCAUUUAUAAUUAUUCCAUGCGUGGUGUGGUUACGUGUUUUACUGGCAUACGCAAAAAAGAUGAAUUGACAAAAUUGGUGAAUUUGAUACAUUCAAUGGGCGGUUGUAUACGAAAGGAUAUGAAUUCAAAAAUAACACAUUUAAUUAGUUCCCACAGUGGUGGUGAUAAGUAUCAAUAUGCAAAAACCUUUCGUCUAACAGUGGUGCGUCCACAUUGGGUUUACGCUGCAUGGGAGCGUAGAAAUGAAACACACUUUAAAGCAACUGCAGAAGAUUUUUCCAAAGAACACAAACUGAAAGCUUUCGAAGGACAAAAAAUUUGCUUCUUCGGGUUUCCGGCCGAUGAACAUCAGCAUAUGGUAGAUGUUUUGAAAAGUAAUGGUGGUGUUCCUGCAGAAUUGGAUGAUCCAGAGUGUUCUCAUGUGGUUAUGCCUAAUACUGGUGGUUACUUUCCUGAAACUAUUAACAAUAACAAACCGAAUAAUCUUAGUACUAACAAUUCAUCAAAAAUUCAAACUAACCAAACUCCUAAAAAAGCAAAUCCUUUAAAUGAAAAUGAUGACAAUCAAAUGGAUGUUGAUGUUGAAGUUGAGGCUGGUGGUGGUGGUGUUGUUUCUAAUGGUGAAUCAAAGAAUAUAGAAAUGUGCGAGAAUAAUAAUCCAAUAUUAAAUGAUAAAAAGUCUCUUGAAAGUCCUGAACGGCAAGAAGACAACAGCGAUGGAAAUGAGGAUGAUGACGAUGAGGGACACUUCGAUGAACGUCUAGUGGUUGAUUAUGAGUGCAAUUUAAAACAAAAUGACUUUGAUGAUGAUUUGGUUAAUGAUUUGAUACCACACACGGUAGAUGAUAUUGAGGAUGAUAUGGCUAUGCCACCAAACAAAGAUGUUAAUUCUCAUGCCAGUACUCCCAAAUCAUCGAAAGCUAUUUCAGCUCUUCUACCCUCGAAGCAGCUGGAACGUAAACUUAGUAUUUUAACAGAUACAAUGUCUAAUGAAUUUCAAGACAAUUCCGCAAUUUCACCCAUAUGUAACAAAGUCGCCCAAGAAGAGGAAAGCUUAAUAAAAGCCCAAGCAGAAGAAACAUGUUUUGCAAUGGAAAUGGAUGCCGAAGAUUUAGACGCGGAACUAGAUGAAGCGCAACGCGAAUUGAAGCGUAAACGGGAAAGCCUCGAUAGCAUAUCCCUAAUGUCUGUGGAAUCAUUUGCCCUACCGACCAGUACCAAGAAACCCAAGUUAUUACGCACUGGUUCCAUAUCACGUACCAUAAAGCGUUCUAUGAGUUUUGUAGCUGUACGCACCCCUAUUGCGAAAAUGUUGAGGCCACGUCGCAGUUCGGUGGCCUUGGAUUCGGCACCUACCGACAAGGAUUUGGACAAUAAUGUGGAUGACAAUAAUGAAAACGAUGCGAAUGAUUCAUUUUGUUCUAUAGCAUCCGUUGAAAGUACAUUCAAUGAAUCGAUAAGGAAACCAGUUAAGGAGAAGCUACGGAGUCUGCGUAAUCGCAUCACAAGAAGUAGCAGUCGUCGGGAAAAAUAUGUGAUUAGUAAUAAUCAGAAACCAAAUGCCACGGAAGAAGAUAAUGCCAUGGUGGAUGGUGACCAACAAACCGAUAAAGAAGAGUUUAAGACCCCCAAAGCACCCACCAAGUUUGCAUACACUUGUGCCUCAGCACCCAGACCAACAACAAGAUCCAUUAGCCAAUCUCUGUCAGCCUCGGCAACUGCAUCAACUUCUAAAUUGUCUAAUAAAUCAUUAAAUCUUACGACCAUUGACGGUCCCAAUGGUACAAUAAAUUCUUCCUUUUUACAAAAAAUGAAUACCUCCUCUAAUCUACCGGCUGAUUGUAAAAAUAUGGGCUUAGGUGCAAAUAACUUUAAUACUUCUAUUACUAACAAUGUUUUAAUGCAAAGUAACCAAACAUCGUCGUCCACUCUACACCACGAAAUUGUACAAAAGCAAAUACAGCAAUCAGGAAACCAUAUGACAUCAAAUGUGGAGGCAAAUGUUGUUGCUCCCGUUGCAACAACAGCUUUAAAUUCGGUGGUGGAUGAGCAUAGUACUCAAACCAAGCCAGAGCCGAAAAAUCAUCGUACGCAUAUUCUAAAAUCAGACUGGUUUUGGUAUACCAUACAAAAUGGAUAUGCCGAUGAAAUGGAUUAUCUGUUCGGUGAUUAUUUGGAUAGCAUUGCCAAUACACCCAAUACCGAUCGUCGCGAUUCGUUGCCCAUUAGUUUCAAUAAACGUAAACGCAAACGUUUUUCGCAACGCAUCCAAUUGGAGGGUACACCAUUGGGUUCGACCAAACGACGUUCAUCGGUCUCAGAUGCUGGCCUGCUAUCGGCAUCGGGUAGUUUCUUUGAUUGUAGCGGUACACCGAAUAAACUAGAAAAUGGUACAAUAUUAACGGAACCAGAAACAUCGGCAUGUGAACAACAGACACCACCGGGAAAGAAGGCGUCCAUGCGUUUCAAUCAUUUUAUGGAUUUCUUUAGUACUGAAUCAAAUUAUGUUGGCAUUUUGGAUACGAUUGUGAAUCUCUUCAAAAAUCCCCUGGAAGAAAUUGCCGAAUCCAGUGAUGCACUGCUUAAUAAAUCGGAAAUUAAAGCAAUUUUUGGCAACUUCCUUCCCAUACAUGAAGUGCAUCAAAGUAUGUUGGAACGUUUGCGUGCCAUACACAGUAAAUGGAGUGAGGAUUGUUUGAUCGGCGACAUUAUACUUCAACAUCAAGAUGAUCUGAUCAAAGCCUAUCCACCCUAUGUUAAUUUCUUUGAACAAAUGAAAGAGACUCUGGUACAGUGUGACACACAAAAUCCGCGAUUUCAUGCUUUUUUGAAAAUCAAUCAAACCAAACCGGAAUGUGGACGACAAACAUUACAGGAUCUUAUGAUAAGACCAGUGCAGCGAUUGCCCAGCAUAAGUCUUCUAUUAAAUGACAUACUUAAACAUACCAGUAAAAAUAAUCCCGAUUAUGCACGACUGGAGGAGGCCCUAAAAGCCAUUCGUGUCGUGAUGAUGCACAUCAAUGAGGAUAAGAGAAAGACAGAAUCUCGUAUGGCCAUAUUUGAUAUUUUCAAUGAUAUUGAAGGAUGUCCGGCCCAUCUAGUUAGCUCUAAUCGUAAUUUCAUAUCACGUUGUGAAGUCUCUGAACUCACCGACUCACUUAGUGGCCGUGGCGAUCAUUUGGUAUUGUACUUAUUUUCCGAUUCCAUUGAAGUGUGUAAGAAACGUUCACGUGGCUUCAAUAGUGCCAAAUCUCCAAGCACAGCAAAAUCAUAUAAGCACAUCAAAUUGAUGUCCUUAAAUGCCAUACGUUUUGUCAUCGACAUAACUGAUAGCCCGCGAGCAUUUGCUUUGCUUUGUCGCCAGGAUAAAGACAAAUUGCAUUCGUUCACCAUUACCGAUGAGGAAAUCGAUAAAGUCAUGUACUUGAAAACGCUUUGCAAGCAAAUGGCAGAGAAUGCCUGUCGUACGGAUACGGAUAAAGCCUUACUAUGUCGGACUUCUCAGGAAUUGGAAGUGGAUAUUAGUGAUGUUAACCUAAGCACACUGUCUAAAGCAUUUAAAUUGGCGGCACGUACCCGUCUAAAGGUCGGGCGCGCAUUUUCAUUCAACAAAACCCCUUCUAAAUUGAAGCGCGCUGUAUCAACAAUGAUGACAUCACCGUUUGGCAGUACAAAUUCCUUGACACCCGCCUCUCAAUUAGCACAAAUGCGUUUGGCAAGUUGUACAAAUAUUCAUGAAGUUGUUGAUGAUGAUAACAACUCAGGCAUGCGUAGCAGUUCACCCUCAACGCAUUCAGAAGUUUUAGUACCACCGAUGUCUGUGCAGCCGACUCGCAAGAAUAUUAACUCAAGUAUAAGCAGUGUUGGACGCAUUUGAACGGCUCUUUUUUUGGUGUCUCUAUUGACCAUAAUAAUACUCGUUCUAUUCUUAUUGAGCUUUUAUAAUAUAUUUUAAAAUUCUUUUUUAAAAAUGGCGUCCCAGUGUCUUUUCUACAUGACACUUUAAAUUAGUAAGACAAACAAAUCCCCCGUAAUAAUAGAAUUUAAUUUGCUCAUCCGAAGCAAGAUUGAGAGCCCAAGGAUUUCCAUGUAAAUGAUUAAUUUUAUUUUAUGAAAAUAAUGCUUGUAAGAUUUUGCUUUCCUAAAGUAUUUUAAAUACUAGAAUCGUACUAGAAUAUCUUUAAAACGUUUUAAUUAAGUCAAGAUUAAGUUUUUACCAUUAAUACCAACAAAACUACUACUUUCACUUUGAUAUUUUAAAGGACUUUCAUAAAUUGUCUUCGAUAUAUUGUUUUAAGUGAAUUUUAUUUCGUAAAGAAAUUUGGAACGAGAGUCAUAGUUUUAUAUAUAGUUAGAUAUAUUUCGUAGAAAUUGUGAUAGCUCACAAUAUUAAUAUAUUUUCACAAACCUAAUUCCAAAUUCCAUAACAUAGAAAACCCGAUUUUCGCUUGGGGUUUUUAUUGUCCUAAUUACAGUUCGGUAAAAAGGAUGUUAAUUAUUUAGAUUGUCAUAAAUAUAAAAGUUUUGUAAUUAAGAGCAUCUUCAGAACAAAAAAAUGGCUCAAAUGUGAGCAUUUCUAUAUUUAACAAGACUUUUCUAGCAUUGUACAUAAUUUUUUUUAUAUAUAUAAUUGGGAUUUUUCCCCAAAAAGGUUUCAUUUCAAAUUCUACCAAUAACAUUUUUACUCCAUAAAUAUCAGUAAUAACAGAAGAUAAUACAAUUACCAUCCACUUUAUAACCAUAAUAUUCGUCAUAUAUUUAAAAAAUAAUAUAAUCUUCUUUAUGUUAAUUGAAAUUAUUUGAUGUUCGCUAAAAAUAAAACAAACAACAUCUUUAGCUAAAAUAAAAUCUGUAUUUGUUUAUGUAUCCCCCCAGAAAAAAAAAAACAUAAUGUCACUUUAAGACUAUAUUUUCCAUACCCAAAAUUAAGAACAUAAAUAUUGGUAACUGUGUAUAAUUCAGUUAAUAAAAUUUAAAUUUGCUGUAUUCAUAA